CGCCAUCAUAGUCUCCUCCGCCGCUGUUCCUUCCAGCCACGAUCGACGCAAACAAAGCCAGAUCCCCUCAGCUCAAGACAGGAGCUCUCUCCACCUCUCCCUAUUACGGUCCAGGAGAAGGAAGGGCGGGAGGAAACACGCCUCCACGCAUGUUCCCCUGGCUUUUCCCUUUGCCUUCCCGGCCCCUCACUACACACCCUCCCCUCUCGGGGAAGGCGAAGCCACAUUUGCCCUGAGAAAGGUGGAGCCGUCUCUUCUAACCCCGUUCUCGCGAGCUCUCGCAACUCUCGCGAGACCCGAAGCCCGACUUGUGCGCCCGGGAAACCCCGUUGCUCCCUUUCCCCUGGCUGGCAGCGCGGAGGCCGCACGAUGCCUGGAGUUACUGUAAAAGACGUGAACCAGCAGGAGUUCGUCCGAGCUCUGGCAGCCUUCCUCAAGAAGUCCGGGAAGCUGAAAGUCCCUGAAUGGGUGGACACUGUCAAGCUAGCCAAGCAUAAAGAGCUUGCUCCCUACGAUGAGAACUGGUUCUACACGCGAGCUGCUUCCACAGCACGGCACCUGUACCUCCGGGGCGGCGCUGGAGUCGGCUCCAUGACCAAGAUCUAUGGGGGACGUCAGAGAAACGGUGUCAUGCCCAGCCACUUUAGCAGAGGCUCCAAGAGCGUGGCCCGCAGGGUCCUCCAAGCCCUGGAGGGGCUGAAAAUGGUGGAAAAGGACCAAGAUGGGGGCCGCAAACUGACACCUCAGGGACAGAGAGAUCUAGACAGAAUCGCUGGACAGGUGGCAGCUGCCAACAAGAAGCAUUAGAACAAAUGAUGCUGGGUUAAUAAAUUGCCUCAUUCGUA